ACAAAUCUCAGGGACUUAGUUGCAUACGUGGAACAAACUUCUGGGGAGAAGAAUUCUAAAAUUUUAAAACUAUCAUCAUCAUCAUCGUCAUCCUUAUACUGUGUUGAGGAACUUCAGGCGUGAUUUUUGCAACUCGACCCUUUUAAUUCUCCCUUUCUCUUAAAACAAGUUGUUUAGUAGAGAGUUUAUAAGAUUUGGUAGUUGCUUGAGCGAGAGGAUGGGAAGCAGCGGUGGUACACCAGUGGUGCUCAUCACGGGAUGUUCUCAGGGAGGAAUCGGCCACGCUCUGGCGCGUGAGUUCUCGGCUCAUGGUUGUCGCGUAGUGGCGACGAGUCGAUCGCAGAGCACGAUGAUCGAUUUGGAGAAAGAUCUCAAGUUUUUUGUGGAGGAGCUCGAUGUUCAAUCGGAGCAGAGCGUGAGUAAAGUUGUGUCCAAAGUUAUCGACAAAUUUGGUCAGAUCGAUGUUUUGGUUAAUAACGCCGGAGUUCAGUGUAUCGGACCUCUCGCCGAGAUUCCGAUCUCAGCCAUGGAUAACACCUUCAACACCAAUGUCUUCGGUUCCAUGAGGAUGACUCAAGCUGUUGUACCUCACAUGGCGUCUAAGAAAAAGGGAAAGAUUGUCAACAUAGGAAGUAUUAGCAUAAUGGCACCAGGACCAUGGGCUGGGGUUUAUACCGCAUCAAAAGCUGCUCUUCAUGCUCUUACCGAUACGUUAAGGUUGGAGCUUAAGCCAUUUGGGAUCGAUGUAAUCAACAUUGUUCCAGGAGGUAUUCAAUCAAACAUAGCUAACUCAGGGUUAACAAGUUUCAACAAUUUACCUGAAUUGAAACUAUACAAACCGUUCGAGGAAGCUAUCCGUGAGAGAGUGUUUCUGUCGCAAAACAUAAAGCCAAUACCCACUGAGGAAUUUGCCAAACAGACCGUUUCCGUGGUGCUGAGGAAAAAUCCGCCGGCUUGGUUCUCUACAGGAAGGUUAUCGACCGUCAUGGCGAUCAUGCACCAUAUGCCGAUUUUCAUCAAAGAUUUUUUAUUGACUAAGAGCUUUAUGAAAAAAGGAAGCAAAACCUAAGUAGUAGUGUUCUUGGUUAAGAAAAACUGUCUAAAUGUAUCCCAGAAAUGAAUAUGUUGACUAACCAUGUUUAUAUCGUACCUUAUACUUUGGUACGAACGUUUG